AUGGACGACGACAUGCCUCCUCUGAUGUGUAAGCUGGAGUCACCACCUAUCAAGGUCGAAUACGAUUGCGAAUCACUGCAUGAGGCCCCGCCUGCUUCCAUCCCAAUCAAGCUGGAGGAGGGCGAGAUCUAUGAAGGCGACUCCAAUGUAAGACCACGACUAGUCGCCUAUUCUUCGUCUCCUCCACUGAUCGAAGACUGUCCCGCCUUGCAUGGUUUCGAUGAGGACGCCACGCAGCUGAGUGAUGAAUCAAAACUACACGAACAACUCGAGCUGUCAACGUAUGAGUACGACGCACUUGACGAGCGUUAUCGCGGGCUCUUGAAUCAACACCGCAAGCUUAAGCAGCUGGCCACGGCCUACAGAGACAUCAUUCAUGGCUCGGCAAGUCACGAAGAGCCGGAUAUAGGCCUCGACCAGCUUCACGCUGAGGCUGGCUAUGAGGGUCUCCGAGCGAAGGCUCUUGAGGUCGAUGUUCUCAGACCUGUCAUACAAGACGCAGGUGGACCAGAAGUUGCAUCCUUCCUGGUGCAAUCUGUUCAAGCCCUCAUCGAACAAGUGGGAAGUCUCGAGGACAUUUGGCAACUUGUAGAGAGUACCGCUACAAUCCGCCGCCGCCUGCAUGAGUUGGGCGGCUUACAAGGCCUCGACCAGCUUGUCACUGACAGCAAAAAUUUGCUCUCGGAACAGCAAGCGCUUGCUAAGCUAGAGCGCAUCAUCGAUGGCCCCAAUGGACUGAGGGCUAAGGCUGCAAAGUACGACAGACUGCAACAGGCCUUCACUUCGGUCGAGGCAGGCCGUGAUGGAAAAUUUCCUCCCACAAACGUCUCAGGUGCAAUCUCAACUUGGAAGAAGAAAACGCGCUGUGCGUCCAAGAAGAACUCAGCAGCUGAUUCAGCCCCAACCAAAGCUUUGCCCUUGAAUAUAAUCCAGAAGCAAUACUCGACACUUCCCAGCUUGACAGGCAGUACUAUCCUAUCAAAUGAGUUGGGUGUUAUUAACGCCGCGCGAGCUCGGCUGCUUACAUCAGAGCCUGAUCACGGUGACCCUGAUCGUGACUUAUACGAACCCAAAGAGAAGCCUCCGGUCCGCAGUCUAUCCACCAAAGCUGACAACGCAAACAACAUGCCGUUGGGUCGUUCUCGUACCGACAGAUCAUCCGAAGACUACGAUCCGGAUGCAUCAAGGAAGCGGAAGCAUGAAUUGAAUGCCCAAGUCAUCUAUACGAAGCGUCCACGAGUUGACAUUGGACGUGCUUCGGCCCUGGUAGAGUCUACGCUGGCUGCUAGCAGUGCUGAUCCUACCAAUGCUUUUCGCCCGUACACACCGCCGGAUCUUGGCCGCUCACCAGUCAGCUACAGUAACAAGCGUAAUGAAGCGAUGAGUUCAACGGAAGACAAUGAUCCAGAGCAUAGGCAGCGCGUGAGGUUCAUUCGAGACCAAGUAUCCGAGCUCAUCGAGAGCCGGGGCGAGAGCAAGGAGGCAGUCGACACUACACCGGCCAGGGUCGAUCGAUCUAGUGUCGACAGUCUGCUUGGGUCGACUGAUUACGUUCGGCGGCCAACGGUGAAGAUCGAGGCUCCGAGCGACAGUCUAUGGGCCACUCGCUCAAAUAUAGCUCCAGCCACUGGACCUAGCAGGGAGCUCAAAACGCAAGUAUUCAUCGAAAACUGCCCAAUCGCACUCUGGGUUGGUGCCAGUCAUCCAGGCAGCUACAACUCUGCAGACUUGCUCAAGGAUGAUAAAAUCCCAUAUGCGCUGGCAAUGUUCUUAUUCACGGAGAUGAAGAAGUAUCUCAACGACACCAACGCAAAGAUUUGGGCCACCAUGAAACCAAACAACAACACUUGCAUCCUGCGGACUUUCACAAGAGAGCAGGGCCUGCAGAAUGUGCUCGUCCGCGUGGGUUAG